GACAGCACUAAACCCACAUUGUCAAUGGGCCAAAACCCAAAUUACUUUUUUUAAUUCUUUUUAUUAAAAACUAAAAAAUCUUAACAGUUUUGCCAAAACUCCAUCUACCCCCUUCUCAGUUCUCAAUUUCUCCCUCGUCAUCAAAUCAUUGUCUUCAUCUUUCAAAUUCAUCCCUCUGAUUUCAGUUUGUGCAAUUUCAAUCACAGAGCCUCAAAAUUGUAAAAAUGGCGGAAAAUGAGGUAGGUAAGGAACAACAAGAUCAACCUGACGAACUUGCAGAUGCUCUUGAUGAUCUCUUUAAUGGCGUUUCCACCAUGAUCAAGUCCGAGCUUCAGGGAACAAACAACAUUCUUGAACUUUUGGAGAAGAUGAAUCUUAAAGUUGCCGAAGAGUAUAACAGUUAUGGCGACGUUGCUUCUGGACUGAGGGUGUUCGUGGAGCAGUUAAAGCACAAGAGUGGUAGCUUUGAAGGGUACAUUCAACAAAUUGAUGCAAUAGAUCAACAAGUAACAGAAUUUGAAGCAGUAAUUUCAAUGCUUGAUAAAUACGUUUCUAUGUUGGAAAAGAAAGUGCAAUCUGCAUAUCAGGUUCCACCAUUGUAGUUUUAUCGACAUCUUAUCUUCAUUGAUGUGUUUUAGAAAGUUUUGCCAAAAAAAUAUUAUUUUGGUAUCAAUUUCAUAUUAUAAUUAUAAUUGUUUUGUGUGGGAGGCUGGUUUUGCAUUUGACUCGUUUUUGUCGUUGGGAACUCUUAUGCAAUUGUGAUGGAACAAUUAACCAUGCGAAAUGUAGAGUGGAUAAUAAUGUACCUUUUCAUUGUCUC